GAACUGCUUUGUGAAAAUGACCCAACAAAUGCAGAAUCUGCAUCUUUCUCAGUCGAAAAAACAUAGUGCCCCAUCGUCUCCCAACGCUGCCAAACGCCUGUACAGAAACCUCUCUGAGAAGCUGAAGGGAAGCCACUCUUCGUUCGAUGAGGCCUAUUUCAGAACAAGAACGGACCGGCUGAGCCUCAGGAAGACCUCAGUGAACUUCCAGGGCAACGAAGCCAUGUUUGAAGCAGUCGAACAACAGGACAUGGAUGCUGUGCAGAUCCUCCUGUAUCAGUAUACACCAGAGGAGCUAGAUCUCAACACCCCUAACAGUGAGGGGCUGACGCCCCUGGAUAUCGCCAUCAUGACCAACAACGUGCCCAUUGCCAGGAUUCUUCUGAGGACAGGGGCCAGAGAAAGUCCACACUUUGUCAGCCUGGAAAGCCGAGCGAUGCACCUUGCCACGCUGGUGCAGGAGGCCCAGCAGAGGGUGAGCGAGCUGUCUGCCCAGGUGGAGAACGAAGGACCCAGUCUGGACAGCACCGAGAAAGAGAAACAGCUGAAAGCUUGGGAGUGGAGGUGUCGGCUCUACAGACGCAUGAGAACGGGCUUCGAGCACGCCAGAGCCCCCGAGGUGCCAACCAACGCCUCUCUUAUGGUGACCAGCAGCACAUCACUCACUGUCAGCUUUCAAGAGCCUCUUAGUGUCAACGCAGCUGUAGUGACCAGAUAUAAAGUGGAAUGGAGCAUGUCUAAAGACUUUCGUCCUUUGGCUGGAGAGAUCAUCAUGGAAAACUUGCAGACCCUGAGAUGCACAAUCACAGGACUGACAACGGGCCAACAGUAUUUUGUUCAAGUCUCGGCUUAUAACAUGAAGGGAUGGGGACCUGCUCAGACCACGACUCCGGCAUGUGCCUCGCCUUCCAACUGGAAAGACUAUGACGACAGAGAGCCCAGACACAAGGGACAGAGUGAAGUUUUGGAAGGUCUGCUGCAGCAGGUCCGAGCCCUUCAUCAGCAUUAUAGUUGCCGGGAAACUUCAAAAUUACAAACCACAGGCCGCAAGCAGUCAGUCUCAAGGAGCCUGAAACACCUAUUCCAUUCCUCAAAUAAGUUUGUGAAGACCUUAAAACGAGGACUCUACAUAGCUGUUAUAUUUUAUUACAAAGACAAUAUGUUAGUCACCAAUGAAGAUCAAAUACCGAUUGUUGAAAUUGAUGACUCUCACACCAGUUCCAUUACACAGGAUUUUCUGUGGUUCACAAAGCUGUCUUGUAUGUGGGAAGAUAUAAGGUGGUUGAGGCAAAGCGUACCCAUCUCCAUGUCCUCAUCCACAGUGCUGCAAGCUCGGCAGAAGAUGCUCGCAGCAACAGCCCAGCUACAGAAUUUACUUGGAACACACAACUUGGGAAGAGUUUACUAUGAGCCCAUUAAAGACCGGCAUGGAAACAUCCUCAUAGUCACCAUCAGAGAAGUGGAGACACUCUAUUCAUUUUUUAAUGGCAAAUGGAUGCAAAUCUCAAAACUACAAAGCCAGAGGAAGUCUUUGUCAACACCUGAGGAGCCUACAGCCUUAGACAUUUUACUGAUAACCAUCCAGGAUAUUCUCUCUUAUCACAAAAGGAGUCAUCAGCGUCUCUCUCCUGGAUUAUAUCUGGGUUACCUAAAGCUAUGUAGCUCUGUGGAUCAGAUCAAAGUCCUAGUUACCCAAAAGUUGCCCAACAUUCUCUGCCACGUGAAGAUCCGUGAAAACAAUAACAUUUCCAAAGAGGAGUGGGAAUGGGUCCAAAAGCUUUCUGGCUCUGAAUCUAUGGAAAGUGUGGAUCAUACUUCUGACUGCCCCAUGCAAUUGUUCUUCUACGAGCUCCAGAUGGCAGUGAAAGCUCUCCUUAAGCAGAUCAAUAUACCUCUACACCAGGCAAGGAACUUCCGCCUCUACACACAGGAGGUGUUGGAAAUGGGUCACAAUGUGUCCUUUCUUCUCCUGCUCCCUGCCUCAGACGACGUCUGUACAGCCCCAGGACAGAAUAAUCCUUACACCCCACACUCAGGGUUUCUUAACCUCCCUCUUCAGAUGUUUGAACUUGUUCAUUUUUGCAGCUACAGGGAGAAAUUUAUUAGUCUGUAUUGCCGCCUUUCUGCUGUUGUGGAACUGGAUUCUCUGAAUACCCAACAGUCCCUGAGGGAAGCCAUCUCAGACAGCGAGGUUGCAGCUGCCAAACAAAGACACCAGCAAGUGUUAGAUUUCAUUCAGCAAAUAGAUGAAGUUUGGCGCGAAAUGAGAUGGAUCAUGGAUGCUCUACAGUAUGCAAGAUACAAACAGCCAGUUUGUGGCUUACCCAUCACGAAGCUGAUAGACCCCUCAGAUGGGCAGAACCUCAAGAAGAUCAACUCUACAUCCUCACAUAUCGACUGUCUUGCAUCCCCAUCCCCAUCCCCAGAGAUGCACAGAAGAAAGGCUGUGAGUGAUUCACAGCCCUGCUCUGAUGAAGAAGGCUGCUCAGAAGUCUUCCUCCCCACUGACAGCGACUACGACUCCAGUGAUGCCCUGAGCCCCCGAGACCUGGACCUGGUCUACCUGUCAUCACAGGAUAUCGCCCAGCAGGCUCUCAGCGGCCUAAGUGGCAGCGCCCCCGACGUUCUGCAGGUGCACGACAUGAAGAGUCCUCUGGGAUCGGGCCAGGACCCCCAAGGCCGGCCCCCGGGGCCGGAUCCCGACCACUCGUGCGCCGAAGUCCUCCACAGCCUGACCCUCACCGGCUUCACUCCCAAGAACCACGCCAAGAUGGCGCCGAGCGCCAGGCCGCCGCUGGGCUUCCUGGGAAAGCGGAAGCCGGCUAAGCACCAGCACUACGGCGGCUUCAGCCGCCACCACCGCUGGCUGCGCAUGCACAGCGAGACGCAAUCGCUCUCGCUCUCCGACGGCGUUUACACGCAGCACGUGUCUCGGGCCUGCGCCCUGACCCAGGAGCCCGCGGAGGCCGAGCGGCUGGGACCUUCCCCCGUUGGGUCCCGGGGCCUGGUUCUGGCCCACGCCGCAAGCCUCCCUGAGGAGGGGAAGAGCAGCCUCCAGGAUGCGAGGCCUGCGGUACGUCGCAUCUACGUGGAGCCCUACCGCGCGGCCCUGGUGGACGCAAAGCCCUGGGCUGCCUUGAGCCCGCCCCCCGGGGGCCACUCGGCCCUACCCAGCCCCACCGGCCCGGAGAUGAGCCCCGAAGGCCCCACCACCUCCCCCGUGUCAGAAAUACUCAGCAGCAUGCUUUAGGGAGUCCUGCAACUGGCUGUCCUGAUCCACAGCAAAUCCCUGCAUUCUCCAUCACUCUCCCUCCAGCCCGGCCCCCACUGUGUCCCCAACCCUUUUCAAAUGGUUUGAAAUGUUAAAAUUCCAAAGGUUACAGGUUCAAGUCCCUCUUUUUUUUUUUUUUUUUUUUUUUUUUUUAGUAUAGAGUUAGGUGGAAGUGAGAGUUGCCACCAGUGUUGUUCCCGGUUCAGGGCAUACAAGAACUUUUGUGUCAACAUGGAGUCCUGGACUAUUUAGGGGCACCCAUGGCUGAAGUAGGGCAGCCUAAAGAGCCACCUCAGUUCCGCAGUCGGCUCUGUAAUCUGACCUUUGGGUUUAGGGCUCUUUCUUGAAUUUGUGAUUGAUGGGGAGGAGUUCUAGAGAUGAAAGUAAGAUUAGCAUUGUUUUUCCUUCCGUUCUAAACCUUCAGAAGAGUUUAAGGGAAAGAAGCCCAGGUUGCGUCUUCAGGGCACAAAGUCAAGUGGACUUGACCUGGGUUCCCAGUCAGCUAAACCAAGUCAUUCCAAAGUGCAGGGUUCUCAGUUGGUCACCAAAUCAAAUUUAUCUAUCAGCACUGAUGGUAGGCCUAAAACAGAUCUUUUCUUCAUUUAGUGCUGUGUGGAAAUCACCAGAAGCAAAAGUAGAGGAUGCUUUGCUUCUAGCUUUGUCUUGCAAAGGUAAAACAGGGCAGGAAGCAGGACUUCCUGCACACUCAGCUCCCGUUCAAGCAUGAAAAUGGUCCUUGUAUUAUUCAGGGUGCAAGGAGAUAGCUGGAUUAAGUGAAAGCCUCAAAGACAAGACAGAGAGUGGGAGAGAAAGAUGGGCAAAAAUGCAUUUUUUCUACAAUCCUAAGAUAAGUAAGCCCAUGGGGCUUUGUCUCUGAAAAUGAUGGUGGAUCUGCUUAGAUUCUUAGGUGAUGGAAUUGUCAUUGAAUGAGAAAGUGCCCUUCAGAUAUGGCCAGGCAGCUGAUGAAGUCCUUACAGACACACUGGCACAUUUACUCACCCCUACAUCACAGGUCAUGGGACAGAUUGCCCAGGGCUUGGGUUGCUGGCUUCCCCUUUUCAGUUCACCCCUUCCAAAGUCCACUUUGCUCUGAGAUCAGCUGGCCCAUUGGCCUCAGGGAAAAUCCUCAGGGACAGAAGUCCCUGUCAAUGGUUCCAAAACUGCUUAGAGACACCUGGAAAAAGUGUUUUGGUCUCAAUGCCUCCCACCUGCCUUUCUCACAAAUGAGAAACUCAAAUCAAAGAGAAAUCACACUGCAUAUUCCAAAAAGGUAUGAGCCUUCUCUCAUUUCCUGGAGCCAAGACUCAUUCAGUUUACUGAUAUUCUAAAUGGUCCUUUUCUGCUUCACAGGCAUUUUGGUUAAAUAUUGCUCUUUAUGGGCCCUACCCCUGUCCUCACAGUUCUACCAUUCCUCCUCAUGGGAGUUCAUACAAAGUCCCCUGUUCACAAUGUUAUUCCGAUCCCUUCCAUUUUUAAAACAUUUGAUUUAAACAUAAAUAAUUACCCUGGUGGAAAGGUACAGAUUUGGCCCAUGGCCUAUGGUCAUUAGAAAACUAAAGCCCAGAGCUCAAUCUUUAUUUUUUUAAGAGAUUUUAUACUCAGUGAACCACCACCCCCCAUCCCCCCACCCUCUGACCGCAGAGAAUCUUGAGCAGAAUCACUGUGGCUUCUUUUCUAUGCCUGCAAGUAUUUUAAAAUGCAGUUUUCUUCUGUUCUGAGUGAACUCUAUGUAUAUGGAGUAUUAGAAAGAACCAUAAAACUAGUCUAAGUGCUUGCGUUUGUUUACAGAUGAGUCAAUUAAAGCUGAGAGAGGUUAAGUGACUUGCUCAAGGUCACAGAGCCACUUUAGUCUCAGAGUUAGGGUCAAAACCUGGAACCAUUCCCUUUAUAGUAGGUUGGCCCAUUGGGAAUUGGUACACACCUAGUCAACUUUUGAUCGACUGUAGACUACUUACUGAAUUUGUAGAUUAUCUCUUUUAAUUCCAAAUUCAACUCCUUUUCUCAACCUUUACCUAACAAUUUCCAUUAUCACAGAGCUCCUUGUUGCCAGGAAAUACAAAUUUCACAUAACAGGCAUAUAAGCUAAGCUACUUAAAAGGCAAAUUUAGAGAAAUGUCACUUAAAAUUACAUACCACAUGACUCCCCUUUAAUAACAAGAAUGACAGUCACCUGCACUCAAUUUCUAUUUAUUUCUAAUUAUAGGACAAGAUUAUAUAUGUUGAAUGCUGGAAUUGCCAAAACUAAGAAACCAAGUGAUUCUCUGAUCAUGACCUGUCUGGUGGCAUGAAACAAAAUUUGUGACUGAAUUAGAUGGGAGGCAUUCAGCAGGCAGCAAAAGCAGAGACCAACCCACCCUUCUGGACCCUCAGAUUCUGGCACAUUGGACCAAAUAAUGACUCAUGAAGUAAAAUUGCAUUAAAUCCAAACCCACUAACUGAUAUUGGGAACAUGGUUUAUUUUUUCACCUUCUACAAAGAAAAGAGAUGCAUUCCCAUGAAAUGAAUAAUGCACAUUCAAUUUCAAUGGGCAUAGUCCACUUGAAAAUGCAUCUUCCUAGCAAUAUUCCUAUACAGAAGUGGAUGUUAUAUCCUCAGUAAUUAGCCAUUUGUUCAAGCAGGUUUCCUUCACUUGUACCUCCACUUUGCAACAUCUUGUGAGCCUGUUCUAGAUUCCUGGGAGGGACAACUAUGUUCCCUAAUUCACAAUCCUUUAUUCAUUUGUCCAGGCCACUCAUUACAGACACUUUACAACAUCUGGGGAGUUUUUUGUUUGCUUAUUUGUUUUAUUUUAUCUUGAUGGCUUUGUUAUGUUUUGGAUAUGAUGAACUUUUUGUCUUUUUUUUUUUUUUUUUUUUUUUUUUAAGUCCAGACUGGGAGCCUCUGGAGGAAAUAUUCCUGUCCCGGGUCUUCUUUUCCAUAAUUUUUCUACCAUGCUUAACUCUCACUUGUGUUAUCAAGCUCUCAUCAUUUGUGAAAACGCUCAAAAGUUGUUGACCAGGGCCCUCUCACAUGUCCCUGUCUCUAUUCUAAGUCCCACAGAGAACAAAAGAACAAAGUAUGAAACAUACUCCCAGGCCACAAGGAGAUCACAAUCUGAUAGGAGUGUAGCCAUCCUCACUGCACAUCUUCCCUUUGAUGUUUUCGAAAAGGCAACAGCCUGUCUCCUCAGCCAGGCUGACAUAGGGCAUGUUGGGCUAGAGAUCAUUGAUUUCACUCUUGCUGGCUAUUGAGAAGGGAAGACAGCCUGGAAAAUGCAAGUCUCCAAUGUAUAUGCUUGGCAACCAUUUACAAGGCUGUCACAUCCUCUUAAUUGGUGAGGGGAACUGGGAGACAGUAAUUAAAAACAUUUACUCUAGGGAGUGGGUAUUUUAAGAAGUGGGUACUUAAAGAUGAGACCCAUUCCAUUUUAAGAACAUUCACUAAUGCUCAAAGCAAUAAUUACACUGGAUAGAAUGGUUCCAUUUGGUUUGAAAGUUGAAGCCAGUUAGUAAUAAUAUUCCUCCAGCCCCCAUUCCUGAAGGAUCCCAAAGCACUUUAUGAAAAGCAAUGACUGAAGCCUUGUUGUACUCCCCUAAAAAGACCUUGUCUGGGAGCCACCUGGCAAGCACCCACCCUAUCCUUGCCAGGAGAUCGUGCCAGACAAGUGGGAAAGAGGACUGGCCUCUCAUUUAUUGUUAUCCUGCCACACAAAGGUACACUCUGGGGACUGCUCACCUCUUCCCUUGAAGACAGCAACUUUAGACAAAGAGACAUACUAGAAAAUCCCAACCCCUUGCCCCCCGCCUGCUCCUCACACUCCACCCAAGCCGUACUCACUUUCUCUUGGAGAACUAUCAACUCAAGCUGUUAAGGGGUCUGCAGUGGACUCAAGUUCCCUAGUUAUGUCAACAGCACACAGAAGUCACUGGCUUCUUAAAACUGAUACUGUUGGAAAGAUGAUGCCAUUACCUGACGGUUCUCUCCAGUUUGUCUGUAGCAGAGCUACAGCCGGGAGUGUGCAUUUCUUGGUAUGUUUGUUUAUUGAAUUGUAACAUACCAAUCAGAGAGGGUAGUUAUCAGUUAACAAGAGAACACUCUCAGAGAAUUGAAAGGGCUACAUCAUCACUUUAAAAAGUCUAAAUAUUUUCCCAGAUGAUUCAGUGACGCAAACCUGAAACUUUUUUUUUUUUUUUUCCUCCUGGUCAUACCUUUAAGGAAAAAUUUAAGGGAGCUGUUUGGAAAGCAAUGAUACUUCUUCAUAGGUAGUAGAGUGAACAAGGGAAAAACUUGUUUCUUUGCCGGCCCCCUCUCAUAAGAUGUUCAAACACAUGGCUUAUGACUGUUAAGCUAAACUUCAACAAGGCCUUACAAACAACAAGGGUAGUGUAUUUGAAACUAUGUUGCGCAGUUUGGAAACUUAUUCUAAGAUCCUAAUUCAGAGUUUUUCUGAGGUGUUGAACUUUGCCAUUAGCAAAAAGUAUUUUUAGAAAAAUCCAUUGACUGUUUAUGAAGCACUGAUUUUGCCAUAUUUCGGGUCUCUGGUUUUUCCACCACAUCUGUACCCAGUGGUUAUAUUUGUGGGUUUUUUCAAUUAUUUCUUCUAUUUCCAUUAUUAAUGAAUUUGUAAAAUAGUUAUUCAAAAAGACAGUUGGUUUUGUUUAACCAUCAAAUAGGUUUCACAGUCUAUUGUGAAAAUAUUCUAUUUUGAUAAAGGAUGUAGGAGGUUUGUUGUGGUUGUUUUAAAUAUCACCCCAGGGUCCUUCCCCUCCAGAUAUACACAUUUUUUUUUAUUUCAGCAAAAGCCAAUAUUUAACUUAGUGGCAAAUGUUAUCAAGCUAUUAGUUAAUGCCCUUUGGUCCUCUCCCUUCAGCCCACGACAUGAAAAUCUGAAUAUGCUUUCACAGUAACUGGUAGCUGAUUUAUAAAAACCAAAUCUGGCAAAUUUUUCUCUCAAGUCUGUCUGAGUUGCUGUGUUACUUCUUGCCCUGUGACCAACCAGAUGUUUGGGGAUAUCCCAUCUACGUGGCCACAAGCAUCAGUUUAAUGGUUGUGAUAGAAAAAAGAAGUGUAUAUGAGUGUGUGUGUGUGUGUGUGUGUGUGUGUGUGUAGUGGGGGAGGGCUGUUUCAUAGAAAAAGUAAUUUUUUGACGUUCUAUUAGGCAGUGUUUAACUGCUUCCUGCCUCAUGUGUACAUAGUGAUUUGGCUGAUCAUUGGUUAUUUGUUCAGAACUUAAUGUAUCUUGUUGCUACGUAUGCAACUGAGUGUAUGUAAAAGUUUAGACUUCGGUACAUUAUCUGCACAAUUUUGUGUGCUUUAAACCUCUGUAAAUGUACAGAUGAAUCAUGUAAGGUGUAUUAAAUGUGACCUCUACUCUUGAAACAAUAAUAUUUUGUAGUAUGUACUUUUGCAAACUAUUUGAACAUUUUAAAUGGAUAUUGUAAAUGGCCAGUACACUCGAUCAAAAUCAACACUGGUAAAAUGCAUGCCUCUUCAACCUACCAAUUUAUAAGAAGAGGUCAAGGGUUAACAAGAAUUAAGAUAAUUUUUCUAAUGGCAAGUAUUUUUGAUAAUUUCCUACAUGCCUAAUUGUAUUUGAAAGAAAAAUUGUCAACAGAAGAAAUCUUAGCUAUCAGAGGGAAUGACUUUAUUUCAUAAGCAUUAAAUAAUACUAAUAUACUUUAUAUCUAACCUGAUGUUAUUGAAAUAUAGUUCAUAGGAGAAGUCAAAAAUAUUUUUGAUUCUUCAUAAGAUGGUUUGCUGUUUCAAGGACAGGUUCCAAGCCCUCUGUCUUCAGUGUGGAGAAAUGUCAAUUAAGUAAUAAACUAAUAGAAUUGUCAGCAAUUGGCUUACCUGCUGUUUUUUCCAAGUCUCAAUGAAGACACACAUUUUUUAGCCUCAGCUUUUAAAAACUUCUUGCUGAAACUUUGGAAGAGUUAUUAUUUGGGGCAUCGUUUUCACAAUUAUCAGAAAAAUCUGACCAGUUGGCCCUUGAUUGAUCAAUAGCCUUUGGGCAAUUUCUCUUGCAUACCUAGUUAUUGCCAAGUAUUGAAAAUACAGCAGCAGGCUGCCAAUGGCAAAUAUUCUCACCUACUUGCAUCCAGGAGCUUGGACACCUGAACCUUGCUCCUUCCUCCACCGCAUGCAUGUUUAAAUGUCUUCAGUGCAUUUCUGCAUGUGCCCUCCUAUUUCUCUAUCCCUUUAUUUCCAAACUCACGAGGCUCCUCCCUUACCCCUACUCCCUCUGGCUGAGAUUUGAGAUUUCUUCUGUUUCUGAGAACACUGCAAAGAACUGCAGGAACCUGCACAAAGGUUCUCCUGAAUUCCCAAGGCCAGGAAUGUGCUGCUUUGGACCAUGUUUUUGUCUUACGCUAUUUUACAGAAUUCUUUUAAAUAUGCACAGGCGUGCACGUGCGCGCACGUGCGUGCGCGCGCGCGCGCACACACACACACACACACACAAACACACACACACAAAUUCAACUCUUUAUUGGCAUGUUUGUGGUCGGC